AUUGCUCCGAGGAGCACAUUUGAUACGAGGGACAGUCAUGGACACAAACCGGGGAUUUAAAUGCUUGCACACGGCGGCAUGCUCGACCUACAAAUGAGGAUGGAUCGGGAUUCAUAAAAAAAGGGGAAAAAGGAAGAAGAGGGAUUUAAUCGAACUAAACAGGUGACGGCGGAAGGAUGCCACUGGUGAAGCGCACCAUCGAGCCCAGGCACCUGUGCCACACGGCGCUGCCGAGGAACAUCAAGAACGAGUUGGAAUGUGUGACCAACAUCUCCUUGGCCAGCGUCAUUCGACAGCUCAGCAGCCUCAGUAAAUAUGCAGAAGACCUGUUCGGGGAGCUGUUCAACGAGGCCCAUUCCUUCUCCUUUCGGGUCAACUCUCUGCAGGAGCGCGUGGAUCGCCUCUCCAUCAGCGUCACGCAGCUGGACCCCAAAGAGGAAGAAUUGUCACUCCAGGACAUCACCAUGAGGAAGGCGUUCAGGAGCUCCACCAUCCAGGACCAACAACUGUUUGACCGCGACUCGCUGCCCGUACCGAUGCAGGAGACCUACCAGAUCUGCGAGCAGCCGCCACCUCUCAACAUCCUCACACCCUACAGGGACGACGGCAAGGAGGGUCUUAAAUUCUACACCAAUCCCUCCUACUUUUUCGAUCUGUGGCGAGAGAAGAUGCUGCAGGACACGGAAGACAAGCGGAAGGAGAGGCGUAAACAGAAGUCGCAGGACCCCCGCAUGUAUGAUCAGGUCUAUAGGUACUUAGACCUUCCCGGGCAGCUGAAGGGGAUCGAUCGCCCAGCGGAGACCGACAAGGUGCCGCGGGCGCCCCAUGACCGCAAGAAGGAGUGGCAAAAGCUGGCACUGGGUGCCGAGUUGGCGCAGGACAUCGUCAACGACAAGCACGGCGAGGCCAACGGAUCCGCCGGUUACCCUGACAACAGGGCGCAGUUGUACAUGGAACACUUGGACGGGCCCUUCUCACUGGCGGCGCUGCCUUACAGCCAGAUGAACGAGUUGCUGAGCCGCAGCGGCGACAGAAUAUACUUGCGGCCCAACGACCCGCCACCGCCUCCACCGCCCGCCUUGCACCCGCUCGGGGAGAUCAAGCCGCCCUCCGUCAUCAGUUCCGGUUCUGGCUUCUCAGACAGCAGACCUCAGUCUCCAGCACGGACAGCGGGCCUAAACUGCAAUGCUCAUCCACCCCCACCUCCCCCUCUUCCUCCUCCACCUCCGCCUCUCCCUUUCUCCGGCUUACGUGGCACACCUCCGCCGCCCGUUCCCCCACUACCGAUGCAUCAGCAACCUCCGGCGAUCCCCCCUCCCCCGGCCCCUCUCCAGAUUGCCCCAGGGGUGCUCCACCCGGCUCCUCCGCCGGUGGCGCCCCCACUCCACUCGUCCUCCCCGGCCCGCCUCCAGCUUGUCAUGGACAAGGGCUUGCAUGGGAGCUUCUUGGCCCAGCCAGACGGCGCCGCCCUGCCUCCUCCGCCGGUGCCCCCUCCACUGCCCCUGCCCGGAAUGCGGAGCUCCUCGCCCUGUCCGUCUGGACCGCCGCCUGUGCCGGCUUUCCCUUCGGCGGGGGCCAUGGCCACCCCGCCUCCGCACUCCAACAUGCACGAUUUGGGAGGCAAGAGGCACCAUCCCGCCAAUCUGCCGCCCAUCAGCGACGCCCGCAGUGUCCUGUUGGAGGCCAUUCGAAAGGGCAUCCAGCUGCGAAAAGUAGAGGAGCAGCGAGAGCAAGAGGCCAAACACGAGCGCGUCGGCAACGACGUGGCCACCAUUCUGUCGCGCCGCAUCGCUGUCGAAUACUCUGACUCGGAAGACGAGUCCGAGUUUGACGAAGGCGACUGGAUGGAGUGAUGGACGCAAGAGGAAGCAGCCAGCACGCACUUGCUUGUCGUCCCACUCACUUUUACUUUGGUCUUGUUGUCUCGUCUUGGUUUCAGACGGAAAGCCUCCGACCUUCGUGUCCCUCGUUGUCGUCUUCCUAGUGGUCCAAAAUAUCUUUGUUCUGUUACUGCACUACCACACACGAUUGUGUGUCGUCGUUUUUUUUUUUUUUUAAAGAACCAUGUGGUUUUUGUCUCCUACCUGCAACGUUUAAAACAGGGGUGGGCAACCUAUGGACGGUGGUCCAUUAAUGGGCCGUAUGAAGCGUUGAUAUGCAAUUCUAAAAACAGGAAAGAAAUGGCUGGCUACUUGUGUGUCAGUCAUGUUUUACACAUGUUGUGUGGGUGCUAACAUUUUUUUCCACCCAUCCAUCCAUCCAUCCAUUUUCUGAUCCGCUUUAUCCUCACAAGGGUCACGGGGCGUGCUGGAGCCUAUCCCAGCCGUCGUCGGGCUGUAGGCGGGGGACACCCUGAACCAGUUGCCAGCCAAUCACAGGGCACACAAAGAACCGUCCGCGUUCACACUCACACCUAUUUUUUUCUUUUUUUUUACAAAAUCAAUUUUUUCCACAAUGCUCUAAGUUCAGCAUAUUCAUUUUCACUUUACAGGGACUUUAAAUUCGUUGCAAGCCAAAAUAGCAAACUUCUUGUUCGAUUUUGGGCUUGGGCCCUUGAGACUUAUUUGUGCAUUCUAUUGUGAUAGACCUGUCCACAUAAUUUCAUGACAAUUGGUGAAAUUCAGGGGCUGUUUUGUUUUUUUUAAGAUUGAAAAGUUCAUUCUAUUUCCGCUCGAUCCAAAGGGUGCAAAAAACUAAAUACACUACGACCCCCCCAAAACCCCACCCCCUAAACAACUUGGAGGAAUGGUUAUAAAAACGUCCAAAAACAUUUCAAAAUGUUCCCCACCCCUGGUUUAAUAGACAAACUAGAGAAGGAACCCAUGAAGGCAUGCUGCAGUUUUUUUGCUUGAGAACAAUUUGUGUGUUGUUGUCACGUGCAGCCACGCACUGACCUUUAACUCCAGGGAACUCAGAGAUGAAGCGUUUCUGCCUGCUCGCCUGCCCUGUCUGUCUGUCUGUCUGUCCAGGUUCUGUGUAGGUAGACGCCUGUUUCCAUAUCAGGAAAGAAGAACUCUUGAGCCAUUGUUUUUUAAUACACCCGCAACAAGUAUGGAGGCUUGUCAUGACAUGGAUGUCCCUGUUCAUCAGACGUCUGCAGUUUCCGAGUUGCAGGUGCACCAGGUACAAUACCAAUGAAGGCAGCUUUUCCACCACAUACACAGAUUCCCCUUUACUGCGUAACGAGAGGCCUUACCUCGUUUGGUUCUACAACAGCAACCUGCGGAAGACAUUUUCUGUCACUCAAAAAGAAAGAAAAAAAAAACAAAAACGCCAGCCAUCAUUGCUGUCUGUCCGUUUAUUUCUUUCUACUUGCCUUAUUGUCCAAAUGUGUCGUUGAGUUGAUGAAUGUAUUGUGCCGUUACUACUUACUUGCCUGCGCUUGUAUGGAUUUGCUGUUUCUGUUUGGGGGAAGAGAGGUGAGAAAGCCUGAUUUGGAAGAGAAAGCAAAAAAAAAUCAAUAUCAUGUAACUUAUGUAACUGUUACAGUUUGCUUGAAUUAAUAAAAAUCUAAUGUUA